AUGCAGACCAAAGUCCUUGCCGCCGUUCUUACUACACUCUCCUUCGUGGCCGAGGCUGCAAUUCUCCCUAGGGCUACCAUCACCCCCGGACAGAUCGUCCUCCCCGAAGUCGUCUUCAACCCCUCUGACUUGAGCGACCCGGCCUACACAGCACUCAGCAUCCUCCGUACUGAUAUCGAAAAGACGACCACCCUAAUUGGAGAUUUUACCAGAACCAUUGGCACGACCAUCAAAGAUAGAACCGAUCAGAUGAACGCUGUCAUCCGCCAAGUGACGAGCAACACAAACAGCAUCCGCACGAGGGUCGGCACCAUCGUCGGGGGUCUCCAGGGCGUGGUCCCUUCCGGAAUUCCCGCGCCGACUGGCACAUCGUCAUCCACCGCUCAGCACGCCGUUCCCAGCGCCGAGGUUAUUCAGAUCGCCCAGGACAUUGUCCGUCAAGCGCAGGCUCUGGCCAGAGCCGCCACUGCCCAGCUCCAGAAUCUUCAAACCCAGACCAGCGCCGUGAACGACCUCGUCGGCAAAGCGGCCUUCAGCCUCGCAUACACACAGGCAAGCCUUGCCUUCCAGGUUGCUCUGAGCACCGUCGCGGCUGCAGCCGGCGUAGCCAUCGAUGCUGUGGCCAACAGUGUUGACAAUGUCGACGGCCUCGCUGAUCGCAUUCGCAAUGUGAGGGCCAAGCUCAACCCUGUUCUCAUAAUUGGCGUCACCCCUGAUGUCACUUUCUAA